CGACUAUCUCCACUUCUUUCCAGCUUUCUAGACUUCUCCCUAAUUUAAUGAAAAAUUCUUUGUCCCUCAUACAUCUAGACAUGGGUUCCCAAAUUUUUCAUGGAUGCUUCAUGGUUUUGAUCAUCACGGCCUCCGCAUGGUUCAUCACCUCAUCGGAAGGUUAUAAGUUUUACGUCGGUGGAAGAGAUGGUUGGGUGGUUAACCCGAAGGAGAACUUCAAUCACUGGGCUGAGAGAAACCGGUUUAGUGUCAAUGACACUCUUUUUUUUAAGUACAAGAAAGGAUCGGACUCAGUGUUGGUGGUGAAGAAAGAGGAUUACUUCUCCUGCAACGCUACGAAUCCGACACAGUCCAUGAUGGACGGCGAUUCGGAGUUCAAGUUUGACCGUUCGGGUCCUUUCUUCUUCAUCACAGGCAAUGCUUAUAACUGCAACAAAGGUCAGAAGCUCAUAGUGGUGGUCCUGGCUGUGAGGCACAAACACUAUUACCCACCGAAGCCGACUUAUCCUUCCCCAUCAGCUCCUUUGUCGUCUCCUGUUCCUGUCAUUGAUUCUCCACUUCCACCUUCCGUCUCGUCACCUCCCUCAGAGUCACCGGAGGCUGGUGGCAUUGAUGUUCCGUCUGGAAUGCGUUCUCCGAGACCGGCUCCGACGUCGCAUAAGAACUUCGGUUCUCUGAGAUCGGAGCUGCCAACUUUGUUAGUGGUGGGGUUAAGUGUGGGUAUUAUUGUCGUUUUGGCCCCCUUCAGUGUCGUUUAGAGGCUUUAGAGAGGGAGGAAAAUAGGUUAUUAGUUUAUUAGUUUUGGUCUUUAUUAAUUAAUAUUAGUUUUGUCA